AUGCGGCUCGUCACGCUCGGGACAUCCUGUGCACAACAGACCACCUCACGCACACAAAGUGCUCAUCUACUCGCACUGGAUGCACAUACAAGUUACCUCGUUGACUGUGGAAGCAAUACAGGCUUCUCCCUCCUCAAAACAGACUACAAGCUAUCAUCUAUACGCAAAAUCUUUCUCACACAUCUACAUGCCGACCAUUGUAUCGGCCUGCCUGCACUCCUUGCCGAUUUGCUCGGUGGUCACGGCGGAAGAGCAGAAGACGUUGCUGCAGGGAAGCUUAGAGAAGGAACUGGCAAGCGGCCUCUUGAAAUCUAUGGCCCACUGGGUACACAAGAGUUUCUAAGGACAAAUUUUCGAUUGACUUACACUGCGCUGGCAUCACCGUUUCGCGUUAUUGAGCUAUUGUUUGAUGAGGAGCAGGCAUUCGAGGGCCCAUCAUUUCCACGAGAAGAAGGCUCUUGCAUCAAAAGGCCGGAUACAGACUCAUCGCCAGCUCCCAUCUGGUCCAGCAUAUCCAGCGAUCAUCGCAUCACCGUCGAUGCAGUCGCCAUUCAACACACGGUGCCCACCCUUGGCUUCAUCUUUCGCGAAGCAGAUUUUGUGGAGAUUACACAACAGACGUCCAGUACUCUCAUGGCUGCAUUUGGCAACGCCAAUGCAGAACGCCGCGCAGCAUUAUCAGCGCUCAAGGCUGGUCAAGCCGUCUCGCUACCCACAGGCAGCACAGUAGGUCCCCUACCGAAAGAGCGUGGCCGUACAGUGGUCCUCCUAGGUGACACUCAUGACGCUUCCGGUUGUCUACCGCACCUAGAACGAAGCGUUGUUUCGCUUGUCUUGCAUGAGUCAACUAAUGCGUACCUACCACCACCGUACGGUAAGCCCAGCGAUACGCUGGUUUCAGUACGAGAGCGUGCAGCAAGUCGCGGGCACAGUACACCUGAAGUCGCAGGCGCGUUCGCAUCGGCGUGCCAGGCAAAGAUGCUUGUAUUGACGCACUUUUCAAGUCGUUAUGGUGGGAAAGGGCAA